AUGACCGUCACUAUUACCGUCGUCUUCCCCAACGAUCCGGAUGCCAAGUACGAUAUCGACUACUACACCACUAAGCAUAUGCCAUUGAUUCAAGAGCAAUGGGGAAAGUACGGCGUCACGUCGUGGUCGGUCACGAAAUUUCAACCGGGUGCUGAUGGCACCCAGCCAUUGUACGCCUUCGGAUCAACUGUCACUUGGGACAACAUCGAGCAGAUCAAAACGGCUUUCGCCGGGCCCGAAGCUGGUGGGAUCAUGGGAGACGUACCCAACUUCUCCAAUAAGCAACCUAUCUUCCUCACAGGCGAGGUACUUGCAUGA